CUUUUGUCUUGAUUGUGCGUUAUCUUGGGUGAAGCGACACCUGGGGUGCAAGGUUUCGGGGUGGAAGCUCUUUGGUAGAACAAGCCUCAUUUUCUUAGUUUGAGUGGCACAGAUCAAGUAAAGCGACGUGCUCCAAAGACGUGGGCUUUUUAAACUCAUUACUGAGGGGUGUUCCAGGUGAUCGGAGACUUACGCUCCCACCGCCCCCCCUUACCUGACAAGCGUCCGGAGGACCCUCCCACGUCCGACCACCUAGAUUUCAAAAAGCCUGGGAACAGUCCCACCAGGUCCGGAGUCAACUUCUGGCUUGUUUGACAGAGACUAAUACACCUCGGGGGAGGGGGCCAGCUCGCGGUGACCCCCACUCGUAGUAGGGGUGCUCAGAGCAGUGGACUUGGGGCACGUUUUAAAGACCUUAUCCUAUAAAGUGGACGGGAUGAGGGUAUAGGCAGAGGGCUGGCUUUUAAAAAUGUCCUUCCUUUUGUAAAAAGAGGAGGGGGGACGAAUCAGACGUUAAAUUCUUUUGCAAACAUUCAUGCCUAAGGAAGGGCUGGAUCAGGCAGCCUCGGCCGCCGGAACCGGUCGGACAGGUAGCGAGCUUGUUGACACCGUUAUGUUGCAGGGCGCAUGCUCACUCCCAAGUUUCCUGGUGCCUUUUCUAUUCCACCUUAUGAAACUUUUUCCCCGGCGUGGUCUCACGCGCGAUUUAAGGCAUAGGUGUCGCCGAGCCCGGAGGCUGCGAGCCACUCGGAGAGAGGGGGAGAGGCCCGGGCAGCGCGGCGGGGGGUGCAGGAAGAGGGCCGGCUAGGCGGGAAGGUGGGCUCCGGGCGCCGGGAACCAGGCGCCACUGCCGCCGCUAGCGGGGAGCAGCAGGGAGGAGGGGGCCGCGGUCGAGAGGGGACCCCACCAUGCCCAAAGUCUUCCUGGUGAAGAGGAGGAGCCCGGGAGUCUCGGUCCGCAGCUGGGAUGAGCUCCCGGAUGACAAAAGGGCAGAUACUUACAUCCCAGUGAGCCUGGGCUGCCUGCUCCGCGACCCCCCCGAAGACUGCCGCAGCGACGGCGGCAGCAGCAGCGGCGGCAGCAGCAGCGCCGGGGAGCCCGGAGGGGCCGAGAGCAGCUCGUCCCCGCGCGCGCCGGAACCCGAAACUCCAGAGCUUGCCGACGCCGAGGGCCCCGGUGGACACCUGGCAGCGGUGCAGCGCCCGGUUGCCAGGUCAAAAAUCAAGUUUACCACCGGCACGUGCAGCGACUCCGUGAUUCACAACUGUGACCUGUGCGGCAAGAGCUUCCGCCUGCAGCGCAUGCUCAACCGCCACCUCAAGUGCCACAACCAGGUGAAGAGGCACCUGUGCACCUUCUGCGGCAAGGGCUUCAAUGACACCUUCGACCUGAAGAGGCACGUGCGCACGCACACAGGCAUUCGUCCCUACAAAUGUGAGGUGUGUUACAAAGCCUUCACGCAGCGGUGCUCGCUGGAGUCGCACCUGAAGAAGAUCCACGGCGUCCAGCAGCAGUACGCCUACAAGCAGCGGCGGGACAAGCUGUACGUGUGCGAGGAUUGCGGCUACACCGGCCCCACCCAGGAGGACCUGUACCUGCACGUGAGCAGUGCCCACCCGGGGAGCGCGCUUCUCAAAAAGACUUCCAAAAAGCUGGCCGCCCUUCUGCAGAGCAAGCUGGCGUCCCCGCCGCAGGAGAAUCCCACCCUGAGUGAAGAGGAGGAGAAGAAGUGAACCAACCGCGAGGGAAAGCGGGGGGACAGGCGCCCCGAGCCGCUUUCUCGGACUUUUGGUCUGAGGCGUGUGCUCCUCCUCUGCUCCACCGGUUUGUUGUUUUUUAGUGACAGGUGUUCGGUCCAUCUCCCUUUUCUUCUGGGACAUCGACAGUGAGAAGCCUCCCAAAGCUGUCAAUCAUUCUGCCACAACAAGCCCUGUUUUCUUGGUGGCUGAGAUCAUGAACGGGUUCUUGUGUGUGUGUGUGUGUUAUGUGUAUCUUUUUUUUUUCCCUAACACAAUUUUCACACAUGAAUAGACAGGUGUUCUUAAAGAGACCGUCAUCUUAUGGUGCCUUGACACGUUACCCAAGCAAGAAAAAUGUAUAUUCUUCUGAAAGAGUUUACAGAAACUAUUUUAAUAAAUGAAAUGUUCAUGUGAAA